UAAAAUAUCAUUUUGUGUAAUGUUUAGACCCUUAUCCCCAAAAUUAACCCGAAAUCAUUAGCAUCAAGAUUUUGUAUCUCCAUCUCGCACCUUGAGCUGAAUACGAUCGAUAUACCUCCCGUCUCCCUCAAUCAAGUUUGUUAUUAACAAUUAAGAGGGAGGGAGAGAUUGAGAAAGAAGAAACCAUGGAUUUCGAAUCCCACUGAAGUAUUAUUUGCGACAAAUGCUUCUCAUCGAGCUGCUGAAGAACUCGCACAUCGCUUAAUCUAAGCUUACUAGAAGAAAGAUGGGAUUCAUGCAUUAAGAAAGUGGCACAGUUAGGGUUUUGAUUCAAUUGACCUGAAAUUUUGCAAUGGGAGACGACACACCACAGAACGUAAUGAAUCUCGAUCUAAAUUUAGGUCCUGUUGUUCAUCCUUCCCGUGAAAACGAACCAGGUGGUUUAAACUUAGAAGAUUGGUUAGAUGGGCCUGUAAGGGAAGUGAUGAACCAUCGAACCAUAGCUAGACAAAGAUGGAGGUCCAUAUGGAGACCCGUUCUUUUCCCCAUGGAAACCACAGACAUGGCUCUUGAAUUGAUCACCGGAAGUGGCCCAAGUGGUUCAGAAACCGGCGAGGGAAGCGGAAGGCCGCCAGCAAAAGCCUGUGAUAACAACAACAGGUACCCAGAAAACAAUCUUCAAGGAGAGAAAGAAGAAGUUGCAAAAAAUAAUGAACAUGAAGGUGGUUUUUUUGAUUGUAAUAUAUGUCUAGAUAUGGCAAGUGACCCCGUUGUGACAUGUUGUGGGCACUUAUUUUGUUGGCCAUGUCUUUAUCGAUGGCUUCAUAUUCAUGAAAAAGAGUGUCCGAUUUGCAAAGGAGAAAUGAGUAUAAAAUCGGUUACUCCAAUUUACGGGCGGGGCAACCCGACCCGUGUUGUUGUUGAAGAAGAUUCGGGUCUAAAAAUCCCUCAUAGACCACAAGCAAAAAGAGUUGAAAGUUGGAGACAAACUAUUUCAAGAAACGCUUUUACAAUGCCAAUGGAGGAAAUGAUUCGUAGGCUCGGGAGUCGGUUCGAUUUGACCCGUGAUUUGGUUCCGGGUCAACCCGAAAACCCGCGAGAAGUUACAAGUAAUUCAUUAUUGAACCGGUAUUUGAUUUCUAGAGGUUUUAGAAGGGGAGAAAAUCUUGAACCCGAUUUGAGCCCGAGCCCUGAACCGGAGUUGAACCGGUUGGGUCAACCCGAACCGGCCCGGUCAAUGGAGGACCGGGAUUCGGUUUCGAGUAUUGCUGCGGUUAUACAAUCGGAAAGCUUAACGGUUGAUACAGCUGCUGAAAUUGAUUCGAGGGUAGUUUUGUCAACUUCAUCUUCUAGAAGAAGAAGUGAAUCUUCUUCUAGGGUUUCGGAUGUUGAUAGUGGAGAUUCUCGUGCUCCUAGAAGGAGACGUUUGAUUUAACACUAUGUUGUGGAAUGUAUAUAAUCUCAUUAGUUUUGCUUUGUGUAAGUUUUUAUUGUGUUAAAAUAAUUUGUGGAUCUUGUUUUAUAAUUUAUGAGGAAAUUGCUUGUUUCGGUUU